CAUCAUCGCAAAAAUGGUUAGGAGAAGUGGGGAAAGCGAAUGAGAUGUUAAUUUUCUUGUUAAUUCUAGCGCCUUCUCUCCCAUAGGGUCACUUAUAUUGAUUACGCCCACAAGCAAAAAAAAACCUAAACCCUCAACAAUUGCUCUCUAGAUCGCAACGGAUAGACCGAUCCUGUUGAUUUUCGAACUGUUGUAUCACUCAACUCAUCGAUAUUGGUGCUACCAUUACAUUAGCGAACGUAUGUUGCUUAGUUUUACUAGUUACACAAAACCACAUAGACACACACUCUCUCUCUAUUUUAUGGUCUGCUAUUUCUUGUGCCACUUUGAAUCUUCCCGGGGCUACGAACGAUGGUGUUGGUAGCAUAAAGCUGCAUUAUAUGUAAAACAAAUCAAAAGGCAACACAUCACACAUUCAAACCAAAAGUGACACAAAUUUAAAUUAAACGAAUGAUAAUUAAUGACCAACGAUUGGCUUUUGCUUCUAAUGUUUGUGUGCAGUUCAAACAUAAAUUGCAAACGCAUUUGAUCGCCGGAAGAAAAGCAAAUUAGUAAACAUACAUUAAAUGGUUCAUAAAAUAAUGCCCAAGACUUUCAGUAAAAAAAAAACCGGACCCAAAUAAUCUCUCUGUGGAUCCUUUCUUCGGUUGCGUUCGAUCGAAGACGAAAUGACGGUUUUUUUGCUAACUGUCGGGUAAAGUAAAUUAAAUUCCCCUUUUAUGGUGCACAAAUGAUCCAGCUUCCUUCUAAGCGCGUUUAGAAAAAAACCACUUUAAAGCAUUCGGUUUAGUAACGAUGAACAAGUUGAUUAGAAAUCAUUAAAUUACGUCGCUGCUAGUGCGACGGUAAUGUUUGUGUAGUGUUUGCAGUAAAAUGGUGGUGCAAUGCAAGAGUUACAGUUUUAAUGAUAGGCAUUUUUUCUAUACCUUACCUUUAAUUCCUCCUAGCGUCUAGAGAACGUGCAGUUUGUUAAGUAGUAAAGAUUCACUAGCGAAUGAAAAACAAACAAAACAACAAGAAACAAGGAAGCAAAGCAAAGAAAACAGUCCCUUUCCCUAUUGUGGUUAGUGGGCACUAGAGAAAGAGAGAGAGAGAAUAGAAAGAAAAAGAACAUAGACACUAUAAAAUGGCCAAAUACGGAUUUCAUAGCAUUAAGUGAUGUAGCGAAAGUGUAUUCAAACAAACUGUUCGUACGUUCGAACCGAUUGCGAAAGAAAGAAGAUUUCAAAUCAAAGAAAACAAAACGAUCAAACUCAACUAAAACAAAAAAACCACAGCAUAUGACACUUUACUUCCGUUCGUAUGUGUUAUUGAUAUUGGAAACAAAACACAAAAAUGUCAAUUAUUAAUCUUAGUAAUGGGUAAGCGAACAACAACGGUAAAGAAAAAAAUCACUCAAAGCUCGCACAGCAAAUACAUAGAAAGGACGAAGAACAAAACAACAACCACAAAAUGGUAUAACGUAGUAAAUGAGUUCGAUAGAAAAAAAAACAAAUUUAAAAUAAAAGAAAAAACAAGUAUUUUAGUUUUAACAUUCUCAACCUCCAUUCGGACAUUCAUCAUAAGAAAAAGAAGAUAAAAAAACACUUGUUAUAACGGUGAAAUAUUGUUCAUUUUAGCAAAGACUUAGGUAAGAUGAGAAACUACAUGAAAAAAGACAACAAAGUUAUGAAGGUGAAUAAUAAAAGCAAAACCUUAAACCUAACGCAACCUAACCUAAUGCUUUAGAGAAGAUAAGUGAAACAAAUGGAAGGAUAGAAUGAGGAGAAAACAAAACAGAAGAAAAACUAUAAGCGCAAAAACAACAACAUAACAACAAAGCAAAACAAAACGCACAUCACUCCGAACAAGUGAAGACAAUAAUGAAUGAGUAGUGAAGCGUGUUUAGCUUAAAAACAAACACAAAACCAACCACUAAACGAACAAACAAAACACCGUAUAAUCCUUGAGGGCGGUUUGUAGCAACACAGAUGAGUUCGAUUAUUCGUGAGUAAGGCUAAACGUGACCGCGACAGUUAAAGUGAGAUAGCUAAUGGUACACGAGUUGGUUCCAAAUUAUUAGGCGAAAAGAAAACAACUUACGCACACUCACGCCUGCUGUACUAUUAUGGCAUUAUAAUUAUAAAAAAAGAAGUCGUAAUCAAAAGAAGAAGAAAAAACGCACAAACACAACAAACAAACAAAACGCUAAACAAAUAGCUGAACCCAAAUGCCAUCAAAAUACACUAGUGAUAUUACAAAACAAAAGCGAAAGAAUGGAGAAACGAACGAAAAGAUGUAGAACUUUGCAACGUGCAAAGGAAACAAAAAAAACCCGGACGGAGCAUUUGCAAUGACAACAAAUGGACAACCGCUCGAAUGGAUUGCGUGGAAAUAGUUGCUAAGACGAUAAUUGCUAGAUUUAAUUAGCAACCGUAAGUAUUAGCUGGUAAGAUUUAGCAAUGGUUUAAGCGUAUUUCACUCGGUUAUCUUUGUGCAUUGAUCGAUAUUUUUCUAAGCCCUUUUGUAAGCAUUGUUACAUUUGUUCUACUUCUGUUUUACCUCCCUCGAAGAACUUCCGAAUACAUAUUUUUCAUAUUGUUUUUCAAUAAACAAAAAGAAAUUGUUUCCGUUUUUUUU